AUGGCUACAUUGAUCAAUUACACUUUUAAUAAUUCUUCAAAACAAGAAAUAUCAUCCGGAUUGCCUUUACCUGUACAAUUCAUCUAUUUAUUCCUGUUUGCUCUUGUUGUACUUUUGGCUGUUUGUGGUAAUAGUAUUGUCAUAUGGAUUGUAUUAGCUCAUCGUCGUAUGAGAACACCAACAAAUUAUUUUCUUGUUAACCUCGCUUAUGCUGAUGUACUUAAUGCUAUAUUUAAUAUUUCAUUUAAUGGUUAUUAUAUGGUCGCUCAAGUACUAUGGCCAUUUGGAAAUUUGAUGUGUACUUUAGUACAAGCUGUAACUCAUGUAUCAAUUGCAGCUAAUGUACUUACAUAUGUAGCAAUUAGUUUAGAUCGAUAUUUUGCUAUAAUACAUCCAUUACGUACGAAAUUAACACAUAAACAAACAAUUAUGAUUAUAUGUGGUAUAUGGAUAUUAUCAUUACUUGUAUCAUCACCAGCUAUUCGAUCAUUUAGUUAUGUUAAACAUGAUUGUAAAAUUGAUGAUUUAAAAAGUCAUCAAAAAUAUGAAUGGAUCUUCUUUUCCGUAACAUAUAUAGGUCCGAUUGUUAUUUUAACAAUAACAUAUACUAGAAUUGCUAUUGAACUUUGGGGACAAACUGCUAUUGGAGAAGUUACUAAACGACAACGUGAUUCAAUUCAAUCGAAACGAAAAGUUGUUAAAAUGCUUAUUGCUGUUGUUUUAAUUUUUGGCAUAUGCUGGUUUCCUCAACAACUAUAUUUCGUACUUCUUUCCGUAGAUGUAUCUAUUCCUGACUGGCCUGGAACUCCUUAUGUUUAUUUAACAUCCUAUUUUUUUGCCAUGAGUAAUUCAAUGUACAAUCCAUUUCUUUAUUGUUGUAUGAAUAAUAGAUUUCGUAAUGGUUUUCGUAGUGUAUUCCGUUUUUGUCCAUGUAUAUCAUGGUCACCUGAAUUUUCAUCUCAAACCCAUGUUUCCUGUCGUAGUUUUUCCGAACCAACUGCACUUAGUGUUGUGUAUUCAUCACAACGUAAAAGAAGAGUAACUAAUUCAAACAAUGCACCUCAAACAACAAGCUCUGAAUUAUCAUCAGUUAAUUUCAAUCGACAUCAUCGACAAAAUUUAUAA